CUAUAAAUACAAUAGGUAGCAAGCUUCAAGCUUUGAAUAUCUGCUUUGGAAAGAUCGAGCAGUGGAAUAUCGACUGAUUACAUAAAUAAGCUUCUUAUUAGAGAAAUUAUCGAAUACCUAAUAAUUAGGUAAAUAUUCUGCUGAGCCCCUUGUGUAACGGCGUAGGGGAAGUCCGUUUCCAUUUUUCAUAUUUCUUCAUAUUCUUCAUAUUCUUCAUACUCUUCGUAGUAAUUCAUUUAUCAUUGUCAUUGGAAGUUUAUCGUACAAUUGAUAUUCUUAAAAGUCCUUCAUCUUUGAACAUCAUCCCCCCCCUAUUAAUAUUCUCUUGCUCAAUUGCCAGACGCAUCAUAACACUACAUGGAUAGUUGCGAGGACAACCUUUCCUUGCGCCACAUUCUAUAAAAUAUGAAUUAUGCACUACGGUCUACCCGCCUGUCGCGGGGCAUAACCUGCGUUGCCAUUGCCGGCACCGGUGCCGGUCUUUACUACACGUAUAUGAGAAGUGUUGUUCACGCGGACUCUGGCGCGCCGAAGCAUGUUUUCGGCAGCGGCCCGGCUUUCUUAUCGCUUAAACUUGAAAGCACCGAGACCGUAAACCAUAACACGAAACGGUUACGUUUCAAGUUGCCUGAACCAGAUUCUGUUAGUGGCUUAUCCUUGACUUCUGCUCUCUUGACAUUCUCUUGGCCAGGGGGUAGCAUGCUUCCUGUCCUACGACCUUAUACACCAAUAAAUGCUCUGGACGAGCCUGGUGCUAUAGAGCUUCUGGUAAAACGAUAUCCGAAUGGGAAGCAAAGCACACAUAUUCACUCCUUGCAACCUGGGGAUUCCCUGCGGUUUGUAACCCGUUUACCCGGGUAUACCUGGCAGCCGAAUAAGCACUCCGACAUCAUGCUCAUCGCCGGAGGGGCCGGUAUCACUCCUGCUUACCAACUUAUCCGGGGCAUUUUGCAAAACCCAGAUGAUCAAACCAAGAUUACACUUGUAUUCGGAGUCAACACAGAUGCCGACUUACUAUUAAGGGAAGAAUUCGAGGAUUAUAAGGCUCGCUUCCCAGGCCGCUUCAAGACGGUCUACACAGUUAGCCAACCUGUCGAUGGCUCACCAUUCAGAAAAGGCUACGUUUCUAAAGAUUUGCUAAAGGAGGUAGCACCCCAUUCGGAAACCUGCAAAAUAUUCGUAUGCGGGCCGCCGCCGAUGGAGGAGUCUCUUGUGGGUAGCAAGCGAAAGCCGGGGAUAUUAGGAGAACUCGGAUAUCGAAAUGAUCAGAUUCACAAAUUCUAGUCGGAUCGCUUGACCAAUAGGGCAUAUUGCCUUGUCUCAUAGAGACAUACUAACCAAGACGAAGGAAUCUAGACAUAGAAAUAAGGUACAUACCUAAACUAGAGGAUCGGUUUCUGCAUCCAACAUAAAAACAUAAAUACUGAAAGGAUGUUUCCUUACAUAAUCCGGGUCGACGCCCCUACUUAUUAUUAUUGUACGAAGUGGUAAUGUUGUUUAGCUGUCAACAUUGUUACCCGGGACUUUUAUCUUCUCGUUGGUCUGGACUUGCUAGUUUUUUUUUGGUUCUUCUAGAAAAAAAAAAGAUACACUCCUGUGUGUCAUGUAC